AUGGUUAACACUCAAAAGCUUGUAGCUGCCUUGGUGGCUUUCGUCCCAGUCGUCCUGGCGACCGAGAGCAAAGAUUUUACACCCUACGUCAAUCCGUUUCUGGGCACCGAAGGCCCUACCCCGGGAUCGGCAUAUCAAGGCGGAAAUGUCUUCCCAGGCGCUACACUUCCAUUCGGCGCCGUCAAAGUAGGCAUUGACACGACUAGGUGGGACACAAGAUACCAGGCCAACGCAGGAUAUACCCCCGAAGGAAAUGUCACGGCCAUUACGAUGCUACAUGUGAGCGGAACUGGAGGUGCUCCGACAUAUGGAUUGAUUCCUCAGAUGCCUCUCACUUCCAUCGAGGGUGUUAAUAUGCUCGACAAUUUAACCUACAUGCAACAAAGGGUGGGUCACGACGUUGCUGAGGUUGGAUAUUACAGGACCGAGUUGAAGAAUGGUAUUAUCGUCGAGAUCAGCGCUAGUCAACACGCAGGAAUUAUGAAAUAUGAUUUCCCAGCCGACGAGGACCGUAAUGUACUUGUUGAUAUCAGCCACUACCUCCCAACGCGAGGCAAAGAAACUCAAUGGUACAGCAACGGAAAGUUAGAGCGCAGCCCAGAUGGAUCUAGAUAUAGUGGCUACGGCGUCUACAGAGAAGGCUGGGCUCUCGGCGGCGAUUUCACAGUCUAUUUCUGCGGAAAGUUCAAUGCUGCGCCUUCUAAUGUCCGAUUAUUUUCUGGAGUCUACACAGAUCCCUACUGGCCAAAUACGACAAAUGUCAAGCCAACAUUUACCAAGAACGAGUGGGUAAAAGGCGGUGUUGACGGAUAUCAAUACGCCGAUAGAGUUGGAGCUCUCUUCAACUUCCCAUCCAACGUAUCGUCUCUCACUUCUAAAGUGGGAGUUUCUUGGGUUUCGGUGGAUAAGGCAUGCCAAUACAUCGACGAUGAGAUACCGCAUUGGGACCUCAACACGACUGUCAGCCAGGCGAAAGACAAGUGGAACGAAGAAGUACUCUCCAAGAUCGAUGUUGACACCAAGAACAAAACUCAGCUUGAGAUGUUCUAUACAGGCUUAUAUCAUGCGCACCUGAUGCCCUCCAACCGAACUGGAGAUAAUCCACACUGGAUCUCAGACGAACCGUACUAUGAUGACUAUUACACCCUUUGGGAUACUUUUAGAUGCACCCAUGCGCUGGUGUCUCUUAUUCUUCCCCGACAUCAAAUCGAUAUGAGCUACAUGAUUGACAUCUGGCGACAUGAGCGUUUCAUGCCCGAAGGCCGUAGCCACAACCACAAUGGGCGUGUUCAAGGUGGAUCUAAUUCAGACAACAUCCUUGCAGACGCCUACGUUAAGAAACUGGAUACAGACAAUCUCGUGAAUUGGACAGAUGGCUAUGCUGCUAUGCGAACCAAUGCCGAGCUCCAGCCAUACAAUAACUUCGACUUCAAUGACCCAACAGGGAGUACAAAAGAGGGAAGAAGCGCGUUGGAUGAUUGGAAGAAGUACGGCUAUGUCAGCACAAACUAUGGGAGGAGCGUGAGCAAGACUGCCGAGUACUCUUUGAAUGACUUUGCUGUGUCACAAGUCGCCAAGGGCGAAGCUCCAGAUGAGGCCACAAACGGAUGGCAACGUAUCUGGAAGAAAGAUGCAAAGUCUUACAAUUUCACCGGGUUUCUCGCUCCUCUACAGCCCAACGGCACGGUUCUCGACGGUUACGAUCCUCUAGCUUGUGGGGAGUGCAACUGGGAGUCCAUUUCAUACGAAGGAACUCCGUGGGAGUAUAGCUUCACGGCACCUCAUGAUAUGGUCACACUGAUCAAGCUUAUGGGUGGCCCUAAGAUGUUCGAGGAGCGUCUCGAUACAAGUUUCGUACCCGGUCUUGGAACCCAAGAGCAGGGUAACAAUGGUAUUGGCUCUAUGAUCUACAAUCCAGGUAACGAACCUAGCUUCAUGACACCAUUCCUAUACAAUUUUGUACGAGGAAGGCAGUGGAAGAGUGUCAUGAGAAGCAAAGCUAUUGUGGAUGAGUAUUAUCAUAGUGGAGCAAGUGGCAUUCCGGGAAACGACGAUGCAGGUAGCAUGAGCAGUUGGCUUGUUUGGAACAUGCUCGGCCUAUAUCCUGUUGUCACACAACCAGUCUACCUCAUCCUAUCUCCACGAUUCGAGAACAUAUCGAUUAAACUUGGCCAAGUUGGUGGUACGCUGCGUAUAACUGCUCAAGGUCUCAGCGAUGGACCUUAUAUACAGAGCCUGAAGGUCAAUGGAAAGGCGUGGGAUAAGAGUUGGGUUAGUCACAAUGACUUAGUGCGCGAGGAUGGAAAGGAGAGUGUGCUGGAGUUUACAAUGGGGGCGAAGGCGGUGGAAUGGGACUCUGGUGAGCUUCCUCCUAGUCCGGGUACUUUAUAG